GACUGAGCUUGGAGGACAAGAAGCCAGCCGAUUGGCACUGCUCUGUGUCCAGCCUUCCAGCCAAAUCUGGGCCCGGGAAGAAAGAAGCGGAGCUCCAGCUGACGGGACAGAAGCAGAGCCACUGAUCACCUGUGUCAAAGGUUCUGAUCUCUGACGUCCCAGUCGCUGACCAGACGCGUCACGACCUUACCAGUCUUCAGAGAACACUCCUUUCCGUCCGACGAAAUGAUAGAACCCUCUGAAGACUCAUUUGAGACGAUGAUGGAGCGUAAGAAUCCAUCAUCAAAACAAAUGGAGUCCUCCGAGGGCUCAUCCAACACCACCGUGGAGACACCACCAGCCGGCAGAGCGGAGGCGGCGGGGCUGGCCAGCGGCCUGGCCCAGGAAACGGGAGAGCAGUCCAUUGACCUCCGCCAAGACAUGGAGGAGCCAUCCAGUGGCCCACAUAGGGAAAUAAAGGAUCCACCCAAUGACCUACUCCAAGACUUGGAGGAGUCAUGCGAGGGUUCUCAUCUGGAAGAGGGGGGUCCAUUCGGUGGGGCACCUGGUGAAAUGGAAGAAGAAGAGGACAACCCAUGGGAGUCCCAGGAAGACCAAGACUACUAUACUGACCUGGCUGAAUCAGAAGAAGACGAGAGUCCCGAAGAGCCAGAUAGCUCAACGGUGGAGGUCAUGGGCAUGGUGAGGUCCAUCAUCUCUCUGUAUUUCCGGAUGCAAGACCUCAGAGAGCAGCAGCGAGUGGCGGAAGAGAUCCUGAUGAACGCGAUCAACAAAGGCCAACUGCCGACCCCGAAGCAAUUCUCAGGCGACCGCAGAGAAUACCACGAGUUCAUCGUGCUCUGCCAGCUGAUCUUACAGAGCUACCCAAGAGUGUUCUGCAAUGACCGCCUGCGAGUGGGGUACGUCAUCAGUCACCUCUCGGGCAUGGCUAUGGAAUGGGCCAGCGACCUGCUGGAGAGAGAAAGCUCCGUGAUUGACGACUUCCCGGCCUUCCUGGAAGCCAUGAACGACACGUUUGAGUACCGCCAGGCCCUGCGGGUAGCCGAAGAUGCCAUGUUCAACCUCAGGCAGGGGGACCGUGCCGCCAUCGAAUACAUCAAUGAGUUCCAGAGCCUGGUACCCACCUUGGGCUGGCCAGACGAAGUCCUCCAGGCCCACCUGUGCCAGGGGCUCAAGGAAGACAUCAGGCAGUAUCUGUUCCGCAUCCCACAGCCGAAUUCGCUGGAAAACCUGAUCACGCUGGUCCUGCAGAUAGAGGACAAGCUGGCUGAGAGAAGGGCGAUGCUCAGGCUUCUCCCAGAGACCCGCCCACGGCACCUGACCUGGCUCGACUCACCUGUUCCCGAGAGGUGGACCGUGAGCACCUGGCUGCCCAACGAGUUCCACCCUGGCAUCAAACGCAACCACCUCUUCCUGCUGCUCCUGGUGAGGGUGAACCCCUACCACAGCGUGGCGGUCCAGGCUCUGGUCGACUCAGGAGCGACCAGCAACUACAUGGAUGAGGGAUUUGCCCAAGAGCACUAUGUGGAGCUCUACCAGAAGCCCUACGCAGAGUCGGUCGAGACCGCGGACGGCUCGCUGGUCGGCAACGAACCCGUCUGGCUCUACACCGAACCCCUGGUGUGUUUGCACCAGAACCACCAGGAGUCCCUGGAAUUCGACAUCGUUGCUUCAUCCAAAUUCUCCGUGAUCCUAGGCAUCAAGUGGCUCCAGCUCCACGCCCCCGACAUCGACUGGGUCAAAGGCCGCUGCACCUUCCACUCUCCCUACUGCCUGAAGAAUUGCUUCCGCCCGCCCCCACCAUGCAUUGCUCUGGAACACCAUGCCGUAAGCCUGCUGCCCGGAUUGCCACACCAAUACUCCGACCUGGCCGACGUGUUUAACCCGAAGGAAGCAGAUGAGGAGACUUCCGACCAGCCAAGCUCAGACGGAUCCGAUGAUCUUUCUGAAUCAGAGCCCUCUGAGCUUCAGCAGGCUGGAGACAGUGAUCAAAGCGAGGAGACCUUUUACGACUGCGCUUCCACCGCACCGUGGGAACCUGUGGACGCCGGGAUGCAAGAAAAAGCCAAGCAGGAGGAAUUCUGGGACUCCAAGGACAUGCUGACCAGCAGGCAUGACUACAUACAGAUGAUUCCAGAACUGUUCGACCAGUUACACGGAGCUACAUGGUUCACCAAGCUGGAGCUGCGUGGGACCAUCGUGGAGGAAAGCAUGAACAUACACCAGACAGAAGAUGUAUGGAAAGUGGCAUUCGGUUUGGAGCUCCAAGACAUGGCGAGCUACCAGCCCUUCCUGAUCUGUGCAGACCCUAUCAUCCCCCAGGGCGUGAUCCACUUCAUCCUAAAGGACAUGAUCGGUCUCUUUGUCAUCUCCUACGGGCAGGACGUCCUGGUCUACUCCAUGAGCCAGGAGGAGCAUUACCACCACGUGCGCCAAGUCCUGGUGCGCUUCCGCUAUCACUACGUCUACUGCUCCCUGCAGAGGAGCCAGUUCCACCGGCACACUGCCGAGUUCCUGGGCUUCGUCGUGACCCCCAAGGGGGUGAAGCUCAACAAGAGCAUCGUCAGCACCAUCACAGGGUACCCCACCCCGGGCUCGAGGAAGUCCCUGCGAAACCUCAUGGAGUUCGCCUUCCCCUACCGGCACUUCGUGGAGCGGUUCGCCGACAUCACGGAGCCCCUGGUGCGGCAGCUCCAGGGCGACCUGCCUUUCUACUGGGGGGACGAGGAGCAGGAGGCCUUCGUGGGCCUGAAGCGGGCGUUCCGCAAGGCGCCCCUCCUCUACCACCCCAAGCCCCAGAACCAGUUCUACUUGAAGACGGGCGUCACCAAGACGUCCCUGUACGCCAGCCUGAUCCAAAUGGACAAGCGGACGGGCAAGAAAGUCUGCUGCGCUUUCUACUCUCGCAACAUCUCCCCGAUGGAGGUGGAGGCCUCGCCGGCGGAGAUGAAGAUCCUUCCAAUCCGGGCUGCCUUCAUGGUGUGGUGCCGCUACCUGGAGAACACCGAGGAGCCCAUCAUGAUCCUUCUCAACAAGGAGGAUCUAGCCUCUCUGAACAAUGACAGGCUCACCGUACUUCUCCCCGGCCACUGGGUCUUCUUCUUCACCCACUUCAACUUCGACGUCAUGGAGAUGCCGAGCUCGGAGGACGACCAGCCCCUGCCCCGCCGGCAGAGACUUGACAAGAAGGCCCAGCAGCGCCGUGACGCCACCACCACCAGGCCAACGAUGCUUGUCACCAUGCAGGCCCCCACUGGGGAUCAGUCCCCAGAAUCAGAGGACGAAGAGGAGAGUGAAGGUGCCCCUCACCCAGACGAGCCCAACGGGCAGAACCUCCAACCGGGGUAUCUGGCACUGAUACCCGUGGACCAGAUAUUCAACAGCUUCCUAGCCCACUUCAGCAUGGCCCAGAUCAGGGCAGUCCUGCUGCACUUCUACCGAAGCCUCCUGUUCUGGAAGAACCUCCUGGCCAUGGCCGCGCUCCUCGUGAUGCUGCGGUUCAGGAGGCGCCUGGCCCUGCUGCCCGCGCCUGCCGCAGAGCCAGCCCGGCCGCCCCCACGGCGCUCUCUACGCCUCUUCCUGGACACGUCCCUCCUCACCAGCAGUGGCAUCGCCACCGCUGUCACCCAGCUGUUCACCCAGAUGCCGCCUCUCGUGGGCACCAAUGCCCUCCCGGCCGAGGAGCUGGCUGAGCUGUUCCUGGGCCCCGGGCCCUGGCAGCUCCACGCCCUGCGGGGCUUGCAGAUGACGCCCAGGUUCUGGCAGAUGCUGUGCCAGUUCUUCGGCAUCAGGGUCCCUGCCCUCGAGGGCACCCAGACCCACCCGAGUCCACACCGCUCCCUGGCACCGCACGUCGAGGGUGAUGAAUAUGUCGUCUUGCGAGAAGCCCUGCAAGACGACCUGCAACGUUUCCGUCAGUGUGGCCUGCAUGACGGCCUGCAAGACACCUCGCAGGACGCGCAGGAUGACGUGUGGGCCCUCAGGCCCCGCCAGCACCUGCCCACCGAGGCUGAGGUCCUGGCCCGCCUGACCUACAUCCGCAGCACCCAAGGGGGCUCCGUCGUGAUCCACCGGGAGCUGACGGCCAGAGCCCUGACCGACUUCCUGGCAACUGUCUACACCCAGGCUCUGCCCACCCUGGUCGAGGCAAGCCCACCCAGAGAAGGAGCCACGCUGGAGGAACUGCCCAGCGACUCCGACGAGGACGCUGGCCUCGACUGA